GUUAAUUUCCAAGGUACGGGUAGUUACUUGGCAUCCGCGUACCUACAUACAUCCACAUACAUCCACAUACAUGACUACAUCCAUAAUUAAUAUCAUCCAUUCAUCAUUGUCAUCAUUGUCAUCAUUGCCAUCAUUCUUUAUAUGCUUGUAAGCCACAAUGGCAAAUCCUGACAAACCAACAAAACCAGUACAUAUUCUCUUCGUUGGUGCUGGCGCGGUAGGAUGCUUCUACGCAUCACGGUUACACCAUCCAUCUCACAAUAUCCUUACUUCUCUCAUCGCCCGGUCUAACUACUCCGCAAUUGCCAAGUCUGGCGUCUCCUUGCAGACUCACUCCUUUGGUGACUACACAUUUCAGCCUCAUGCCGUGUUCCCUUCCAUCUCAGCAGCAACAGCAACAGACGACCCAGGCUCGUCACCCUUGGCCGCCAAUCCUGCCUCUGCCCCGCAGAGCCUACCGCCGAAGGAUGGGUGGGAUUACAUUAUAGUCACCACAAAGGCACUUCCUGACCGCAACGACGACGCGGCUCUGAUCGCCCCACUCGUCUCUGCCAAGUCAUGUAUCGUGCUGAUCCAAAACGGCGUCGGCGUUGAGGAGCCCUAUCGGUCUCGUUUCCCGCAUAAUCCGAUAGUGAGUGCCGUGACCGUUGUUAGCGCUGAGCAGAUCAGGAAUGGCGUCGUACGGCAGAAUCGGUGGACCAGGAUCAGCCUAGGACCGUAUGGCCACGGUCUCAGCGCACCCUCGUCGCCAUCUGACUCGGCUUCGACCGUCAAUGAUGAUGAUGAUGAUAAGGCGGUAGUACAGAGAGGCCACGCGUGCAUGGACCAGCUCGCGCAAUGGUGGGCCGACCACGGCGGCAUCCGCGACGCCGAGACGCACACCGAGCUCGAGCUGCAGACCAUCCGCUGGCACAAGCUGUGCAUCAACGCCGCCUUCAACCCCACCGCCGUCCUAUCCGGCGGCCGCGGCAACGCCGACCAGCUGACCGACCCCGAGCUGCGCGAGCACAUCACGGGAAUCAUGCACGAGAUCCGCCACGCCGCCGCUCAGGUCCUCGGAAAACCGUUCCCGGAUUCCCUGGCGUCGCCGGACCGCAUCAUCCGGAGCAGCGAGAGGAAUGCGGGCGCUAAGCCGAGCAUGUUGUUGGACUGGGAGGCUGGGCGGCCGAUGGAGCUAGAGGUUAUCCUGGGGAAUCCGGUCAGGAUUGCGAGGAGGAAGGGGGUUGAUAUGCCGAAGUUGCAGAGCUUGUAUGCGUUGUUAAGGAGCAUGCAGAAGGUGAGGGAGGAGAGGGGGGAGAAGGGGAAGUUGUAGGGGUGGGAUUGAGAGUAGGCGAUCUGUGCAUAAGAGGAUCGAGGGCAUGAAGCUGAUAAUCUACUGUAAUCAAAACAUUUUCCUUUUUCUAAUGUACAAUCACACUUUAAAAAUACGUAAAUAGCAUUCAGGGGGUUUGGCUUUCAACAGUUUCAUGUCACAUUACAGUCAUAUCGAAGCAGGUAAACGCAGUUCAAGCUAGUUAAGGGGUAUCAAUGAAUCUAUCGUAUAAGUAUGCUAGUUAGGGGGUAUCAUGGUCAAGUCUAAUCUACCUAGCCUACGACG